AGCUGAGGGGAGCCGGGCUGGGGACGGAGGGAUCGGAGCUGAAGGGAGCCGGGGAAAGCUGAGGGGAGCCGGGCUGAGGGCUCGGAGCUGAGGGGAGCCGGGCUGAAGGAAGCGCCCGUCCGGGGUUCGCCAUCAGAACAACACCGUGGCAGCGUCUCUUCAGCCGCCAGUCGGAACCCCGAGAGGAAGGAGAAGCAGGUCAGUUCUACCAGAUGUGUUGGCAAAUCAUCCCAACCACGUUUGUGCUGAUGGAUUUCCUUCAGAUGGCAGCUGCCCAUUGCAUGGUCCAUCCAGUUUCUCCCAGGAAUUUCACACUGCCCUGUGUGCUGCUGAAUGAGACCUUGUUGAGCCCUUUCUCAGCUGGGAGCUGGUCUGGUUUGAGGAGACAACUUGGAGCAUCCAAAAUCAAACCUUUAAUGAAUGAAGAAAAUUUUCUGUGUUGCCUUUGGAGUGCCAGCAACAUUGAUUGUUCUUUGUACAAAGCAAGCAUGCAGGCAAGGAAGUUUAUUCCUUCAGAAAUAAAUCUCUCUGCUCCUCAGCAAAUAGAUUGGAGCUGGAACAUGGAAUGCUGGAUUAGAGGCAAGCUGGACCUGUUGGUUUGUAACCUGCAACUUUUGAAGCUGGACCUGAGAGCUGACCUGAAGGUGAAUCUUUUAUACUCUGGAUCAGAGCUGUCCCUGGCAGCUGCAUCCACCAGCUCUCUGCAGGGGACAGUGCGGGUGGCUCCGUGUGACUGCGGGGACCGGGCCACCUGUGAGUGCCUGGUGGCCUUCCCGAGCCUCAACCACACCUACCUGCUGUGGCUGGAGAUGGUGGCAGGUGUCACAGCCCUGGGCUCCCCGCUGCUGGCCCUGCAGCCCACGGACAUUGUGAGGCCUGAAGCCCCCGGGAAGCUGCACCUGGAGCUGGCUGAGAGGGGCCAGGUGAAGCUCUGCUGGUCCAGCCCUGCCCUGCUGCCCUUCCCUCUGCAGCACCAAGUGAGGAUCUCUGCUCCUCCAGGACAUGGCCACAGCCAGAUGCUUCAGGUCGCUCUGGAAAACUCAGUGGCCAUAGACAAUGCCCUGCUGGACUCUCCAUCCUCAGUGCAAGUGAGGAGCAGGAAUCUCCGUGGUCCAGGCUUCUGGAGUGACUGGAGCUCGCCCUACAACCUCACCUUGGCAGCUCAAGUCCUGUACUUCCCUCCCAAGACCCUGACCAGUGCUGGCUCCAACAUUUCGCUUCUGUGCAUCUAUAAAAACAGAAGCCAGCCCGUGGAGGCCCGGGAGGUGGUUUGGUGGCUGAAUUUAGCAGAAGAAAUCCCAGCCAGCCAAUAUUCCCUAGUGAGCAAUCGUGUCAGCAAAGUUACUCUUUUCAACUUGAAGGCAACCCAGCCUAGAGGAGGUUUCUUCUAUAACGCCCUGUACUGCUGUCACCAAAGCAGGGAAUGUCACCACAGAUAUGCUGAGGUCUAUGUAGUAGGAGCCACAGGAACAUCGUGA